AUGUUCACAGAGUCACAUGGAGUAUGCCAAAAACAGGGGAAGCCUAAGGUUCUAAUACUUAAUUCAAAAGUGACUGAAGUUGCAACUCAUAUUGAUGAAUGGGAACAACUCUCAGAAUAUUUUGAUUUUGUCCUUUAUGAGUUGACAACUACUGCUGCUCUCCAGGAAUAUCUACCAACGUCUGGCAUAUCAGCAUUAUGGAUUUCAGCGGAGUUUUUUAACGUUGUUAACGGCCUAAAUGACAUUUUAGACUAUCUACCGCCAUCUAUGAAAUUGUUGUUGAUUCCUUGGGUUGGUUACGAGUUUUCGGACCCCAAAAUGUUGCGUGAAAAAUAUGACAUUACUGUGUGCAAUAUUGGUCCCAAUUCCGCAGCUAAUGCUGCCGAACUUGCAGUGCACUUGAGUGUUAGUUGCUUUAGGUUGACAUCUUUCUGGGAGCAUUGCUUUAGGUUUAUGGCACCUUCCAUUCGUGGAGCGCGUGAGUUUGUCGGCGGUACCGAAUGUGAAGUUGUUCCCCCCAUUGCUGUAUCAGAAGGUCCUCUUGGUGACAAUGAAGUGGAAUUGAAAGGGUGCUCAACUUCGUACAUGUUUCCCAAACGGAAACAGGACCAGAAGCGGUUAAAUCUGUCCAAGGAAUGUGUGAUCGCCAAUAAACAGAUGGAUUCAUUAUUCGGUAAGCGAGUACUAAUUCUUGGAUUUGGUUCCAUCGGACAAGCUAUUGGAAAACGGUUAUCUCUUGGGUUUGAAAUGGAAAUUUUUUACCAUAAGAGGUCUGGACCGGUUAAGGAUGGUACUUUGCCAUACAGUCCAACAUACCUCGCAUCAUUGGACCAUGAGACAUGUUCUGAAAUCGACCUUAUUAUAUUAGCUUUGCCAGGUGGCCCAGGAACAGAAAAUAUGGUCAACGAAGAAUUCCUUUCGAAAUUCAAAGAUGGAGUUCGUAUUGUUAAUGUUGGUCGUGGUUCCUGUAUAGAUGAGGAUGCCUUUUUCAAAGGAUUGGAUUCAGGGAAGAUAGCGUCAGCUGGUUUAGAUGUAUACAAAGGAGAAAAUAGCAAUCAAAUCGACAAGAGAUUCUUUCAAAGAUGGGAUGUGACCUUGCUACCACAUAUUGGUACCAUGUUCGGAAGUUACUAUGUUACCGCUACACGGAUCACCUUGAAAAAUCUCGAGAGUUUCUUUAUCAAAGGCGAAGGAGGUAUAUACCCUUUGAACUAA